AUGACCGACACGAUACCUUCGCUUCAGACCGGGCUUCAAGAUGGCGAGCGCCGCUGCUUCAUCUGCCUCAUGGACGAGAACGAGUCCGGCGCCUCCGAGUCCGCCUGGGUCGACCCGUGCCCCUGCACCCUCGAAGGCCACCAAGACUGCAUGAUCCAGUGGGUCACGGAGCUGGAGCGCGAGGGCAAGGAGAUCCUCUGCCCGGUUUGCAAGGCCAAGAUAAACAUUGACGAGCCCUACGACCCGGCGCUCGCGCUCAGCAACCAGAUCUACAAGUCCUUCAGCAGGGUGUCGCCGGGCCUGAUCCUCGGCGGGAUCGGCGCGGGCACAUGGGUCAGCUUGGCCAUGUACGGCAACAUUGCGGUGCGGGUGUUUGCGGGCCCCGAGGCGACGUACCGCUUCUUCUUCAACGACAGGAACCCCAGAGGCGUGCCUAUGGUCAACUGGAUCCACGUCGCGAUCCUGCCGACCAUCGCGCCCGCCCUGGUUCUGGGCUCAUCGGUCCCUAUUCUGGGCAAUGUCUUCUUCAUGCCCGUCGCCGCGCUGUACGGCGUAUUCCACAUGGCCAAGGACGACCACUUCUUCUCCUGGCCCCCGUCCCCUCAACUCGCGGCAGCCUGCUUCCCGUACAUUAGAGCUGUAUACAAUAACCUGUGGCACGAGUUCGUCUGCCCGUACGAGAAGAGGUGGGAGCGCAUAAUUGCCGGACUGCCCGAGCCCGCACCUCAGGCGAACAACAUACAGAACGGCAACCGCCGCCGCCGCGGUAGGAACAACGAGGGCGGCAACGAAGCUGCUAGAAACGUCGGGUUGGUGGGAGGGUUGAUCGAUGCGGCUAUCGAUAUGCUGGACAUCCCCGACGUGGAGAUGGAGGUUGAGCUGGAAGAAGUGGAGAUGGGACAGGACCAUGAUAUGGUCAACCUCGAGAUUCUCGUCGAGGAGAUCGAGGAGGCACAUGCAGCGGAGCAAGAUAAUGACGCCGGGGAUAUUGCUGCCGCCCUCCCUGCCCAGUUGCCUCAGCCAGGUAACGAACCACAGCAAGCACCGAUCGUGGCACCGCAACAACCAGCAGCCCAGCCGGCGCCAGCAGCUCCACGCCAGCGUGGCAUUCAGGCCAGCCUCAAGGACGUCACAAACGCAAUCGUGAGCACACUCCUGCUACCAGUCUUCUCCGCCGCUAUGGGCGAGGUUAUCCGUUUGGCGCUACCAAAGCACUGGACAUCUCCUGCGGGUACCUUUGGUCGGUUCAAGAUCCGAACAGGUCUUCUCCAGGAGCAAUGGGGCCGGAACCUUGUCGGAGGCUGCAUGUACGUGGUAAUCCGCGACGUGUUUCGGCUCUACACCAAGUACCGCCUCGCGAAGAACAAGCCCCUCCGCAAGAUUCGCAACGUGGAUAGGCGGAGGAACCAGACCUCUUCCAUUUCUCCCGCCGCUUAG